AUGACAAAUACAACCAGAUCCCAGCUAUUAGACAUCUUGCUAGAAAUUGGAGAGGAUGAAACAGACAAAAGAGUUCCGGUUGCCGUGCUUAUCGCGGUAUUAUCGUUAGUUGGUAUCAUUGGAAACAUACACAUACUAAUUAUAUUUUCCCGAAAUUCGAAACAGCAAAGUACUUAUCACGUUUUCGUUUUCGCCUUAGCUGUAUCCGACCUUGUAGUGUGUUCUACUUAUCUUCCGGUGGAAAUAGUGAUGGUCAUGAACCCUUUUUCCUUUGAUUAUGACUUAAUCUGCCGUCUAUCCCUAGUAAACUGUUAUACAUGGGGAUUCUGGACAGUUUUGUUAAUUCUAUCGAUUGCAAUAGAACGAUACAGACAUAUUUGCUUUCCUUUGAAAUACCAAAUUUCGUGCUAUGAUGCUAGGAAGUUGUGUAUUUUACUUUUUGUACUUGCCGCCAUUUAUGCUGCACCAAUGGGGUACAUAUCUGGAACCAAUUCAUUUUCUUUAUCAAAUGCAACCAAAGGUUUUGAAUGUUUCAUAAAUGACAGUCUGGAGAAUUCAUUGUUUCCAGCUUCAUACUUUGUAUUUGUGCUAGCUGAAGGUGUAUUGGUAGGAUUAACAAUUAUCUUCUUAUAUAUUCCCGUUCGGCGUACAAUUAUAAAAAGUAAUAAUAUAAGAAAACAGAUGAUGAAUAUAAAUAUAUACAAGAAGAGUUCAAAUGAAGAAAUCACAUGUAUAAACACGGGUAUUAAGUCGAUGUUGGAACUAUCUGAGAAUUUUUGUGAAAAUAAAAUGCACACUACCAAAUUGACAGAAGAUUCGGCCCCUAAUUCAGUCUCGACACGUUACACAUAG